GAAGAAGAAGAGUCGUGGAUCCGGCGGGUCAUCAGUUGUCCGGGAGACCCGCCAGGUUCGGACCAUAGACCGUCUAUAAAUGAGGAACGGACGCCGGUUAGAAACGUUUGAUUCCAAGGAGCUAGCUCAGUUAGCCGUUAGCCGCUAAAGCUAAAGCAGUUAGCUGUUGUAAAUAAACGGAGGCUAGUUAGUUAGCUAGUUAGCUAAACUCAUCAUGACUCAACAAGCUGCAGCUCUCCAGACCUACAACAACGAGCUGGUCAAGUGUAUCGAGGAUUUGUGCUCCAAGCGGGAGGAGUUGAACCGUCAGAUCAAGCAGGAGGAAGAGGAGAAGGAUCGUCUUCAGCACGACAUCAGAGUCCUCUCAGAGAAGCUGAGCAGGGUCAACGAGAGUCUGGCUCAGAGACUCGCUGCUAGAGCCACGUUCGACCGCACCAUCGCAGAGACCGAGGCCGCUUACACCAAGAUCUUGGAGAGUUCUCAGUCUCUUCUGAGCGUCCUGAAGCAGGAAGCAGGAAACCUCAGUAAAGCCACAGAGCCCAGGAGGAAGGACCACUGAUGGGGGUCAAAGGUCACUGAACUCUGUUUCACCACAGCAGCACUUUCUGCUCCAUCUGGACCAACUGUAAUAAAUGUGAUUGAUUUAUUGUAACUUCUUAUCCUAAUAAAUGUGUUUUCUUAUCAG